AUGUCGUGGGAAUCUUCUUUACUUGCAAUACUUGAUGAAUUAAGACAAUCAAUUUUACUUUUACAAAAUGAUUGCACUGAGGAAUUUUUAACGUUUGUUACCCACCAAGAGCAAUGCCGCCAAAAAUGGCAAGAAUCAGUUUUAGAAUGUCAGAGAUUAAAAACAGAUUUGGAUUUACGUAAUGUAAGAUUACGUGAUUAUGAGAAAAAGCUCAACAGAGCAAGAUGUUUACUAGACAGUGAAAAAAGAAAAAGAAUAAAAGCUGAAAGAGAAAGGGAUGAAUUGCAAGAACAAGUUACUCAAAUAGAAGAAAUAUUAUCAUCUGUUAGACAUGCUGGUGAUAAAUUAGCUAAUGAAACUAAAGAAAAACUUGACAAAUUUUUAAAUACAACUUAUUCUAAAUUAAAAACAAAUACAAAUGUAUUGGGAUAUCAUUUAGAUACAAUAGAUGAAAUAAAUAGUUCACUUUUGUCCGAUCUUAGUUACACCAAAUCAGAUGAUUUUGUUGAAUGUGACACAGGUUCCGAUAGAGGUAUCCCUAAAAAACCUUUAAGAUCAACUUCUCCUGAUAUAAACGAGUUUCAAAUAAACAAAAGACGAAAAUCCUCAUGGGCUCAAAAUAAGAUAAAGAAAAUAGAAAAAAUAUCAUCGGAUCAGGUAAUUGCAAGAACAACUCUAACAUUGUCUAAACAAGGACCGAUAAUAGCAAGUUCCACAAUAGAAACGUUUCCAGAUGAUUUUCCUCAAGAUACCAAACCCUCGGCUCCUCCCAAACUAUCUUCGGACACGGACAGUGACGUCACGGAAGCAAUAAAUUGUUUUCAUCAUAAUUCAAGUCCUAUUUAUUCGAAAAAUAAAUUAUUUAAUCGACCACACUCUUUUCGAAAUAAAACUAAUUUGAAACCUACGGAAGAAUGCGGAGUCUGCAUUAAAAAAAUUAUGUUCGGGAAUAAAAUGUUUUACUGUUCGGACUGUAAAGUUAUGGUACAUCCAGAAUGUAAAGACAAAGCUCCGAUGCCUUGUUUGGCUGUUGUUGCGACUCCCAGAGGAACUUCCGGCACUACAAUUGCCGAUUUUUGCAGCAGAACACCUCCAAUGGUUCCUCCGUUAAUCGUUCACUGCGUGUUUGAAGUAGAAGCCAGAGGAUUGGGUGAAGUUGGUAUCUACAGAAUUCCAGGAUCGGAAAAAGACGUUCGCGCUUUAAAAGAUCGAUUUCUUCGUGGCAAAGGAAUUUGUUCACUUUCUGGUUACGACAUUCACGUUGUUUGCGGCACGAUCAAAGAUUUUCUCAGGAGUUUAGGCGAACCACUCGUUACUUUUUCCUUAUGGCCUGAAUUUAUUCGUGCAAGUGAAAAUGAAGAUGUGUCCGAAAGAACGUCGGCUUUGUAUCAAGCUGUUUCUCAACUGCCUCAACCCAAUCGAGAUACUUUGGCUUUUAUGAUGCAACAUCUUCAAAAAGUCUCUCAAAGUCCUGAUUGUAAAAUGUCAAAAAGUAAUCUUGCAAAAGUAUUUGGACCGACCAUCGUGGGCUACUCCAGAAUCGAACCUGUAAGAAAUGAGAUGUAUGUUGAAACAGCUCAACAGACGCAGGUUAUCGAAUGUUUGCUGGACAUGCCCGGGGAAUAUUGGUAUAAUUUUGUAAACAAUGAACCCGAUGAAAACAUUCAGCCAUCGACACCAGUAUUAUCACUGAAUUAUCGUCGAUUAAAUCGUAAUAAAAAUAGAAAAGUUUUCAAUACUCCUCCAGUUACGAAAUGA